AUGAGAAAAUGUAUUGCAGAUGCAGAAAUCCAAGAAGCGUUUGUGCUGUUUGACAAAAAUGCUGAUGGGAGGGUCACAUGUGCCGAAUUGAACGUGGUGAUGAGGUCAUUAGGACAGAAUCCGACAGCUACAGAGCUGCUGGACAUGAUAAAGGAUGUGGACCGUGCCGGCAAAGGUUUCCUAGAUUUUUCGGAUUUUCUCAACAUGUUCAAGAGUAAGAACGCCGAGGAUAUGUUCGAAGUCGCGAUGAUCGAAGCGUUCCGAGUUUUUGAUACAGACGGCGACGGGUACAUUGGGAGACGUGACCUGAAGAACGUUAUGAAGGAUCUUGGCGAAAAUCUGACAGACGAGGAAGCAGAUGAAAUGAUCCGGGAAAGUGACUACAAUGGCGACGGGCAGUUAGAUCUUAAUGGAAAGUUGGUGUCUUUCAACAUCUUCAAUUCGUGA